CGUCAAAACGUGUAAACGUCAAGUUCGGUAUUUCAACUUGGUGCAAGAAAUAAAAUAAAAAUAGAAAGUUGAAUGUGGGAUAGGUAUAUAACCUUUGUAUUAAUAUUAUUUCCUCAGUUUGUCACUGACAGUUGUGGUGUUGUGUUGCUUAUAGUGAUUAUUUCGAUUGAACCAUGUGCGGGAUUUUUGCGUAUCUCAAUUAUCUUACUCCCAAGAAGCGAAAGGAAAUACUUGAACUUUUGGUUAAGGGUCUCAAACGAUUGGAAUAUAGAGGAUAUGAUUCAGCAGGCGUGGCAAUUGAUUCCUUCGAUAGCAAGGACAUGUCCCUAAUUAAAAGGUCCGGCAAAGUUAAACUACUUGAGGAGGAAAUAAAGAACAGAUCAAGUGAACUACAUGUGGAAAAUGAAAAUGACAACCAUUGUGGUAUAGCGCACACCCGUUGGGCUACCCAUGGUAUUCCGAAUGAGGUCAAUUCUCACCCCCAACGUUCCGAUGUUCACCAUUCCUUUGUGGUUGUUCAUAAUGGCAUCAUAACUAACUACAAAGAAGUUAAGACUUUCCUAGAAAAGAAAGGAUACCGAUUUGAAAGCGAAACUGAUACCGAAGUUAUUGCUAAACUUAUUCAUCAUUUGUACAACCUUCAUCCAAAUUAUUCAUUCCGAGAAUUGGUUGAGCAUGUGGUCCAACAGUUGGAGGGUGCUUUCGCAUUGUGUUUCAAAUCGAAACAUUUCCCCGGUGAAUGUGUAGCUACCAGGAGAGGAUCCCCCUUGCUAAUUGGAAUCAAAACGAAGUCUCAUUUGGCUACUGACCAUAUUCCUAUUCUUUAUGGCAAAGAUGACACACCUGCUACACCAGCUGAGACAGACAACAACCAUAAAGAACACAGACCACAUGGAAGACCCGAAUUUCCUGUUAUUCCAAGAAACGAUUCCACAUCCGAAUUCCAACCUUUGGAGGAAAAAUCCGUCGAGUACUUCUUCGCUUCUGAUGCAUCAGCUAUUAUCGAACACACCAAUCGCGUAAUUUACUUUGAGGACGAUGAUGUGGCUGCAGUUAAAAAUGGAGUCCUCAGUAUCCACAGGCUCCGAAGAAAUAUGGACGAUCCUCAUGCUCGGGAAAUUACCACAUUGAAAAUGGAAUUAGAAGAAAUUAUGAAAGGAAAUUACGAUUACUACAUGCAAAAAGAAAUUUUCGAGCAACCCGAGUCUGUAGUGAACACAAUGAGAGGGAGAGUUUAUUUUGAUACUCGAAAUGUAAUACUUGGUGGAAUUAAGGACUACAUUCCGGAAAUCAAAAGAUGCAGAAGACUGAUGCUUAUCGGUUGCGGAACCAGUUAUCAUAGUGCCAUUGCUACCAGACAGCUUCUGGAAGAACUUACAGAGCUUCCUGUUAUGGUCGAACUGGCCAGCGAUUUCUUGGACCGUACAACUCCUGUAUUUAGGGACGAUGUGUGUUUCUUUAUUUCACAAUCAGGUGAAACUGCUGAUACACUCAUGGCUUUGCGUUAUUGUAAACAAAGGGGAGCCUUAAUAGUUGGUAUCACAAACACAGUGGGAAGUUCAAUUUGUAGAGAAUCCCAUUGUGGUGUUCAUAUUAACGCUGGGCCUGAAAUCGGUGUUGCUUCUACAAAAGCCUACACAAGUCAGUUCAUUUCUCUUGUAAUGUUUGCUUUGGUCAUGAGCGAAGAUCGAAUUUCAUUGAAAACGCGGAGAAUGGAGAUUAUUGAAGGACUUAAAAAUCUUGCUGAACAAAUCAAGGAAGUACUGAAACUGGAUUCCCAAGUCAGGGCGCUUGCUGAAGAUUUAUAUCAACAAAAGUCAUUAUUAAUAAUGGGACGUGGUUUUAAUUUUGCUACGUGUUUAGAAGGAGCUUUGAAAGUGAAAGAAUUAACCUACAUGCAUAGCGAAGGAAUAAUGGCGGGAGAACUGAAACACGGUCCUUUGGCCUUAGUUGACGACACUAUGCCUGUGAUCAUGAUUGUUAUGCGUGAUGGUGUUUAUAAAAAGUGUAUGAAUGCAUUACAACAGGUAACUGCUCGGGAAGGUCGGCCGAUAAUCGUUUGUGAAAAAGGAGACAACGAAACUAAAAAUUUCGCCUACAAGUGCCUCGAGGUACCAAAAACAGUCGACUGUUUGCAAGGUAUCUUGACCGUGAUUCCGAUGCAAUUGCUCAGUUUCCAUAUUGCAGUAUUGCGCAAGUGCAAUGUUGACUGUCCGAGAAACUUGGCCAAGAGUGUUACUGUGGAAUAAACGUAUCUCACAUCCCCCUUCCCGCUCCUCUUGUUUGUUUUUUGUGAUUCUACUUACAUUGUGCUGACAAAAGUUCUCAACUUACUUAAUUAAAAACUUUUUCUAAUUGACGCGAAGAAAGUCGACCAUCUUCUUGCAGUCUUGUGCAAUAUAUUUUUUAUAGCAUGUAUUUUUAAAAAUGCAGUGUUUUUUUUUACUUUCGGGAUUUACAGUGACAACACAUUUUUCUUCGUAACAUCUCCUCUUUCUAUUUACCUAAUAUGUUAUAUUUAACAAGCUCCCAAAAACUACUAACCCUUUUUGGUCUUCCAUUUUUUUUUAAUCUACUUAAACCAAAAUUUCGGUGCAAUAUUUUUAAAUUUAAUAUUAAAUUGUUUUAUUUAAUUUUAUAUUAUAAAGAAUAUUUUUUUAAUGAGCAUGUAUCUUAAAAUUCUCUUCUUUAAAACGUACACGUACAGUUGGAUGUUGAAUAAAUGAACAGGGUGUCAAUCGCUAUUACUAAGAGACUUAUCAGUUAGUAUUGAAUAUGGAAAAUAGUUGUGGGACACCCAGAAAAAUUAAACAUAAACUGUUUAUCAUUCCGUCACUGCCUGUAUUAUAUUAUUUUAUUAGGACUACAGUAUUCAUAUAAUCGUAAUCUAUUUUUUAUAAUGUAUCAUGCAAAAUGUGUAACUGUAGAUUUCUUGUGAUUCGUACUGUAUGGUAAAAUAAAA